AUGAUUUCACCGAUACUGAGGAGAAAGCUGGUGCAGGGCACUCGCCACAACAGAUGCUUCAGCUCGAGCCCAAUGCUUGCAGCGCAAGAAGUUCGACGGCUGGGUGUGAUUGGGGCGGGACAGAUGGGCUUGGGAAUAGCACUGGUAGCUGCACAGAAGGCUGGUGUACCAGUCACACUCGUAGAUACCAACCAAGCAUCGAUAGACAAAGGCCUCUCCUUCGCCGACAAGCUCCUAGCAAAAGAUGUCACCAAGAAACGCAUAACCCAAGAAGAAUCUGACAAGGCCCGCUCCCUCCUCACCCCCAGCACAACCAUGGACGCCCUCUCGGAAGCCGACUUCGUGAUCGAAGCCGUUCCCGAGAUCCCGUCCCUCAAAUUCGACAUCUUCUCCAAGCUGGCCCAGAUCUGCCCUCCCCACGCCAUCCUCGCGACAAACACCUCCUCCAUCUCCAUCACCCGCAUCGCAGCCUCGACAAGCAAGGACCCGACAGACACCAGCGCCUCGUCCCGGGUCAUCUCGACCCACUUCAUGAACCCGGUCCCUAUCCAAAAGGGCGUCGAGAUCAUCACCGGCCUCCAAACCUCGCAGUCCACAGUCGACACGGCGAUCGCCUUGUGCGAGGCCAUGGGCAAGAUCCCCUCUCAGUCGGCUGACUCGCCCGGCUUCCUCGCCAAUCGGAUCCUGAUGCCCUACAUCAACGAGGCGAUCAUAUGUCUGGAGACGGGUGUGGGGAAGAGGGAUGACAUCGAUGCCAUUAUGAAGAACGGAACCAACGUUCCCAUGGGCCCGCUGCAGCUGGCGGAUUUCAUUGGCAUCGAUACGUGCUUGGCUAUCAUGAAGGUGCUGUAUGAGGAGACGGGCGAUUCCAAGUAUAGGCCCAGUGUGUUGCUUCGGAAGAUGGUUGAUGCGGGCUGGCUGGGGAAGAAGAGUGGCAAGGGAUUCUACGAUUACUAG